GCCUCAGGCUGGAGCCUAGGGAACAGCCCACAGGCCCUGGGCACUGACGGCCAUCUCCAGCUACGGAAGAGGCUACCCUUUAAAGACAGGCAUUUCACUUGCAGCAAAAUAAUAGGAAGGAGGUUCGCUUGCUUUACGCAGAGGCUGAGCCACAGGAGAAAGCAAAGCCAAUGUGAUUUAUUGAAUGAAAGCACUGGACAAUUACCAACAACUUGUUCCUCUGCUGCCUGGAACAACCUAAACUGGAACUGCUGUAUAAAAAUGACCCAACAGAUGCAGAAUUUACAUCUUUCCCAGUCAAAGAAGCACAGUGCCCCAUCGUCCCCCAAUGCUGCCAAACGCUUGUACCGGAAUCUCUCAGAGAAACUGAAAGGGAGCCACUCCUCAUUUGAUGAGGCCUAUUUUAGAACAAGAACUGAUCGGCUGGGUCUUAGGAAGACCUCGGUGAAUUUCCAGGGCAACGAAGCCAUGUUUGAAGCAGUUGAGCAGCAAGACAUUGAUGCUGUGCAGCUCCUCCUGUACCAGUACACACCAGAAGAGCUAGACCUCAACACGCCUAACAGUGAGGGACUAACGCCCCUGGAUAUUGCCAUCAUGACAAACAAUGUGCCCAUUGCUAGGAUUCUUCUGAGGACAGGAGCUAGAGAAAGUCCACACUUUGUCAGCCUGGAAAGCCGAGCGAUGCACCUCAACACACUGGUCCAGGAGGCCCAGGACAGGGUGAGUGAACUGUCUGCCCAGGUGGAGAAUGAAGGAUUCACUCUGGACAACACAGAGAAAGAGAAACAGCUAAAAGCCUGGGAGUGGAGGUAUCGGCUCUACAGGCGUAUGAAAACGGGCUUCGAACAUGCCAGAGCCCCCGAGGUGCCAGCCAAUGCCUGUCUCACAGUAACCAGCAGCACAUCACUCACUGUCAGCUUCCAAGAGCCGCUCAGUGCCAACGCAGCUGUAGUGACCAGGUAUAAAGUGGAAUGGAGUAUGUCUAAAGACUUUUCUCCCUUGGCUGGAGAAAUCAUCAUGGAUAACCUACAGACGCUGAGAUGCACAAUCACAGGACUUAAGACGGGCCAACAAUAUUUUGUUCAGGUCUCGGCUUAUAACAUGAAAGGAUGGGGACCAGCUCAGACCACGACACCGGCAUGUGCCUCUCCUUCUAACUGGAAAGACUAUGACGACAGAGAGCCCAGACACAAGGGACAGAGCGAAGUUUUGGAGAGUCUGCUGCAGCAGGUCCGAGCCCUUCAUCAGCAUCACAGUUGUCGGGAAAGUUCAAAAUUACAAACCACAGGCCGCAAGCAGUCAGUAUCGAGGAGCCUGAAACACCUUUUCCAUUCCUCCAAUAAGUUUGUGAAGACCUUGAAACGGGGACUCUACAUAGCAGUUAUAUUUUAUUAUAAAGACAACAUGUUAGUCACCAAUGAAGAUCAAAUACCAAUUGUUGAAAUAGAUGAUUCUCACACCAGUUCUAUUACACAAGAUUUUCUGUGGUUCACAAAGCUGUCUUGUAUGUGGGAAGACAUAAGGUGGCUGAGGCAAAGCGUACCUAUCUCCAUGUCUUCAUCCACAGUGCUGCAAACUCGGCAGAAGAUGCUCACUGCAACUGCCCAGCUACAGAAUUUACUUGGAACACACAACUUGGGAAGAGUUUACUAUGAGCCCAUUAAAGACCGGCAUGGAAACAUACUCAUAGUCACCAUCAGAGAGGUGGAGAUGCUUUAUUCCUUUUUUAAUGGCAAAUGGAUGCAGAUCUCAAAGCUUCAAAGCCAGAGGAAGUCUCUAUCAACACCAGAGGAACCAACAGCCUUAGACAUUUUACUGAUAACUAUCCAGGAUAUUCUCUCCUAUCACAAAAGGAGUCAUCAGCGUCUCUCUCCUGGAUUAUAUCUAGGUUACCUAAAACUAUGUAGCUCUGUGGAUCAGAUCAAAGUUCUUGUAACUCAAAAGUUACCCAACAUCCUCUGCCAUGUGAAGAUCCGUGAAAACAAUAACAUUUCCAAAGAGGAGUGGGAAUGGAUCCAAAAGCUUUCUGGCUCUGAAUCUAUGGAAAGUGUGGAUCAUACUUCUGACUGCCCCAUGCAAUUGUUCUUCUACGAGCUCCAGAUGGCAGUGAAAGCUCUCCUUAAGCAGAUCAAUAUACCUCUACACCAGGCAAGGAACUUCCGCCUCUACACACAGGAGGUGUUGGAAUUGGGUCACAAUGUGUCCUUUCUUCUCCUGCUCCCUGCUUCAGACGACGUCUGUACAGCCCCAGGACAGAAUAAUCCUUACACCCCACACUCAGGGUUUCUUAACCUCCCUCUUCAGAUGUUUGAACUUGUUCAUUUUUGCAGCUAUAGAGAGAAAUUUAUUAGUCUGUAUUGCCGCCUUUCUGCUGUUGUGGAGCUGGAUUCUCUGAAUACCCAACAGUCCCUGAGGGAAGCCAUCUCAGACAGUGAGGUUGCAGCUGCCAAACAAAGACACCAGCAAGUUUUAGAUUUCAUUCAGCAAAUAGAUGAAAGUUGGCGUGAAAUGAGAUGGAUCAUGGAUGCUCUACAGUAUGCAAGAUACAAACAACCAGUUUCUGGCUUUCCCAUCACUAAGCUGAUAUACCCCUCAGAUGAGCAGGAUCUAAAGAAGAUCAAUUCUACAUCAUCACAUAUCGACUGUCUUCCAUCACUAUCCCCAUCCCCAGAGAUGCACAGAAGAAAGGCAGUGAGUGAGUCCCAGCCCUGCUCUGAUGAAGAAGGCUGUUCGGAAGUCUUCCUCCCCACGGACAGCGACUACGACUCCAGCGACGCCCUGAGCCCCAGAGACCUGGACCUGGUCUACCUUUCCUCCCAUGACAUCGCCCAACAGGCCCUUAGCGGUCUCAGCGGCAGCGCCCCGGACGUCCUACAGGUCCACGACAUGAAGACGCCAGUGGGACUGGGACAGGACCCCCAGGGCAGGGCGCAAGGCCUUGACCCUGACCACUCGUGCGUCGAGUUCCUCCACGGCCUGUCGCUCACCGGCCUCGCGCCCAAGAACCACGCCAAGAUGGCACCGGGCGCACGGCCGCCGCUGGGCUUCCUGGGAAAGCGGAAGUCAGGCAAGCACCAGCACUACGGAGGCUUCAGCCGCCACCGCCGCUGGCUGCGCAUGCACAGUGAGACGCAGUCGCUGUCGCUCUCCGAGGGCGUCUACACGCCUCACCUGUCCCAAGCCUGUGAUGCUGCCCAGGAGCGUAGGGUGGCCGAGGGGCCUGGACCUGCCCUCGACGGGCCCCGGGGCCUGACCUUGGCCCACGCAGCCAGCCUGCCCGAGGAGCGCAAGGGCUGCCUCCAGGACCCGAGGCCUUCUGCCCACCGCAUCUACGUGGAGCCCUACCCCGGCGCCCUGAUACGCCAGGAUGCCCAGCCGUGGUCCGGCUUGAGCCCGCCCCCUGGAGGCCGAGUCCGUCUGUCCAGCCCUGCCCAUCCUGAGAUGAGUCCCGAGGGUCCCACCUCGCCAGUGUCCGAAAUCCUCAGCAGCAUGCUUUAGGAAGGCCCGCGCUGGCUGUCCACCAUCCCACUGCUAGUCCCUGCCUUGCCCAUCACCCUGGCUGCCCCUCUUUGUCCUCACCCAUUUUUGAACGUUUUGAAUGCUACAAAUCCAAAGGUUACAGGUUCAAGGACCUCUUAUUUAAGAGUAGAGCAGAAGCCAAGGCCAGAGUUGCCAGCGCUAUUCCCGGUUCAACCUAGAAAGGGCGUAGAGAAGCUUUUAUGUCAACAUGGAGUCUGAGACGCAGUGAUUCAAACAUGCCACCCCGUUAGUGGCAUCUGUGGCCGAGGAAGGCCAGCCCGAAGACACACCCUCAGUUUUGCAGCUGGCUCUGUAACCUGACCCCUGGGUUUAGGGCUGUUUCAUGAAUCUGUGAUUAAUGAGGAGUUUUACAGCUGGAAAUAAGAUUGGCAUAGCUUUCUCCUUGAAUCCAAACCUUUAGAGUGGUUUAGGGAAAAGAGACCUGGGUUGUGUCUUCAGAGCAUGGUACCAAGUAGACUUUAACUAAGAGUUCCCUACCAGCUAAGCCGGGUCAUGCCAAAGUGCAGGGUUCUCAGAACUCACCAAAUCCAGUUUAUCAUCAGCACUUAUCUGAUUAAAUAGGCCUUGGCAGACCUCUUUGUCUUUUAGUGCUAUGUGGAGACCACCAGAAACUAAAAUAGAGGACACUUCCAGCUCUAACUUGCAAAGAUAGAAUAGGAUAGAAGGCAAUCCUUCCUGCUCAUUCAGCUCCCAUUCUAAUCUGAAAACGAGCCAUAAAUUGUCCUAGGCUGCAAGGAGAUGGCUGAGUUAAAUGAAAGCCUGAAUUGUAGACAAGACCAGGAGAAGGAGAGAAAUAUGAGCAAAAAUGUAUUUCCUUUACAAUUCUAAGCAAAAGAAGUCCAUGGGCGUCAUGUCUCCCAAAAUUGCAGUGGAUUUGCUCAGGAUUAUGAAGUGGUGAACUCAUCUUUAAACAAGGAAGUUCCCUGCAGAUGUGGCCAGGCAGUGAUAGGCUCCUCACAGCCCCUUGAACAUACCUCUAGGCCCACCCCACAGGUCAAGGGACUGGGGUCCAGGGUUAGGAUUGGCUGCCUUCCUCUUUCAAAUCUAUUCAAUGUCGAUUUUGCCCCAAAAUCGUCUGGCCCAUGGGCCACAGGAAAAAUCUUUCUUCAGAAGACCCUGGCAGUGGUUUAUUCCAAGAAUGUGCUCAAAAACACCUGGAAAUCCUAUACUCAUUGACUCUUUCCUAAAUUUCUCACAAAUAAGCAACCCAAAUCAAAGAUAAAUUCCACUGAAUAUUCAUAAAGGGCAUGAGUCUUUCAUCUCUUGGAAUCAAGACCCCUUCAGUUCAGUGAUAUUCUAAAUGAUUCUUUUCUGCUUCACAGGCAUUUUAGUUAAAUAUUACUCUUUAUGAGUCCUUCCAUUUCUGCUCGUGGGAAUUCAUACAAAGUCCUCUGUUCACAAUGUUAUUUUGAUCCCUUCCAUUUUUAAAAAAUUUAAACAUAAAUAAUUACCAUGCUGGAAAGGCACAUAUUUGACCCAUGGCCUAUGUUCAUUAGAAAACUAAAGCCCAGAAUUCAGUCUUUAUUUUUUUUUAAGAGAAUUUACACUCAAUGAACUCCCUCCAAAAUCUUCAUCAGAAUCACUACUGUUCCUUUUCCACGCCUGGGAGGAUUUUAAAGUGUAGUUUUCUUCUAUGUGAAUGAUAUGGGGACAGAAGGAGUAAGAGUUAAAACAAGAAAGGCCAUAAAAUUUGUCCAAGUCCUUGCAUUUAUCAGGAAGGGCAAUUAAAGUCCAGAGAGGUUAAGUACGUUGCUCAAGGUCUCAGAGCUGGUAUAGUCUUAGAGUUAACAUCAGAAACAAGAACCAUAUCCUUUAUAGCAGGCUGUCCCAUUGGGAAUUGAAAUAUAUAUAGUCAACUCUUGAUUAUCUACAAGCUAAUUACCUAUUGUGCAAAACUAGCUCAGUGAUAGAGUGCUUACCUAGCAUAUGUGAGGCAUUGGGUUCGAUCCUCAGCACCACAUAAAAAUAAAGUGUCCAUAUACAACUAAAAAUAUUUUUUAAAAACCUUUACUUCCAAUUUCAAUUCAAGUCCAUUGCUCAACCUGUAGCUAACAAAUUUCCAAUAUCUCAGAGUUCCUUGUUGCUAGGGAAUGCAAAACUUCAUGUAAAAGUUAUCUAAGUUUACUAGCUAAAAAGCAAAUUUGAGAGAAAUUUCAGAUUAUGACUCCUAGAUAAUAAAAGGAAUGGCAGAGUUACACACAUUAAAGUUUCUUCUUAUUUUAAGUAAGACAGAUUGUUUACGUGAAAUGAGUCCCUGAGAUGAGAUGCUGGAGUUGUCAAAACCUGAGAAGCCACGCAACUUUUUGAUCCAGACCUUUCUGCCAACACAGGAGGAAGUUUUUGACUGUGCAUCAGAUGGGAGGCAUUCAACAAGCAACUGAGACAGAGACUGACCCACCUUUUUGAACCCUCAUUUGGUCAUCAAGUUCUGGCUUACUGGACCCAAACUGUAUUAAUUUCAAACCCACUAACUUAUAUUGGGGAUACAGUCAUCUUUAUUUUUUCACAAGUAAAAGAGAAAUGAGUAAUGCACAGUAGAUUUUAUUGGGCCUACUUGAUCCACUUGAAAGUGUAUUUUUCUAGCAAUAUUUUCUUAAAAAGUGGAUAUUUUAUAUCCUCAAGAAUUAGCCAUUUGUUCAGGUUGAUCACCCCCAUGUUCCAUUUUGUAACACUCGUGAGCUCUUAAUUUAAGAAUUAAGGUAUUCUAGUGAGAAAAAAAAAUAUGUGUUCUUUAAUUCACAGAUUUAUAUUUAUCUGCAUUAAUUAUAGAGAUAUGUCAGUGUCUAGGGAAUUUUUGUUUUUUUAUUUCAGAUAUGAUGGACUUGGCCUUUUAUUCUUGUCAAAUCCAAUCUGAGAGGCUUUGGAGGAAACUUUCCUACCCUGGGUCUUCUUUUCCAGCAAUUUUCUCAUGUGGUUUACUCUCCACUGCAUUAUUCAGCUCCCAUCAUUUGUAGAAAUCCUUAAAGAUCUUAACCAGGGCCUCCCAUAUCUCUUUUCCUCCCAAGUCCCAUAGAGAACCAAAGAAUCAAGGGUGAAACACAUCCCCAGGCCUCAAGGGGCUCACAAUCUGAUCCAAGAACGCAGCCAUACAUUCAGCAUACAUCUUCUCUUUGAGGACUUGAAGAAGCAAGAACCUGUCUCCUCAGCUAGACAAACAUAGCACAUGUUCUGCUAGACAUCUUUGAUUGCACCCCCUGCUGUCUAUUUGUAAGGGAGGAGAACCUAGAAAAUACAAGUCCUGGAUGUAUAUGCUGGACAACAUUUACAAGGCUAUCGCAGCCUCUUAAUUGGUAAGGGUACCUGGUAGAGAGUAAUUAAAAACUUUCACUCCAGGGAAUGAGUAUUUUAAGAAGUGGGUACUUAAAGAUGAGAUCCAUUCCAUUUUAAGAACAUUCACUAACGCUCGAAGCAAUAAUUACACUGGAGAAAAUGGUUCCAUUUGGUUUGAAAAUUGAAGCCAGUUUGUAAUAAUAUUCCUCCAGUCCCCUUUCCUGAAGGAUCCCAAAGCACUUCAUGAAAAGCAAUGACUGAAGCCUUGUUGUAUUCCCCUAAAGAGACCUUGUCUGGGAGCCACCUGGCAAACACCUACCCCAUCCUUGCCAGGAGAUCAUGCCAGACAAGUGGAAAAGAGGACUGGCCUCUCAUUCAUUGUUCUGGUGCCAUACAAACGUGUACCCUGCUGAGGGUUGAGCUCUUCCCUGGAAGAUAACCCCGUUAGGCAAGAAGGCAUGCUAGAAAAAUCUCAGCUCCCAGCCUCCUCUUUUUCCUUGCCCUUCACCUAAGAUGUACUUGCUUUCUCUUGGAAAACCAUCAAUUCAAGCUGUCAGGGGGUCUGCAGUGCGUUUAAGUUCCCCAGUUAUGUUAACAGCACACAGAAUUUACUGGCUUCAGAAAAUUUAUAUAUGCAGAAUGCCACUAUUCUACAGCUCUCAACCCUGCAGGCAGCAGAGCCACAGCUGAGAGGGUGCAUCUUUGCAUAUUUGUUUAUUAAACCUUAAUAUACAGAUUAAAGAGGGUAGUUAUAGAUGAACAAGAGCACACUCUUAGCCAAUUCAAAGUGUUAUAUUGUCACUUUAUAAAGCCUAAGUAUUUUUCCAGAUGAUUCAGUGAAACAAAUCUGGGAUUUUUGUCAAGGUCAUAUCUUGAAGGAAAUUUUUAAAGGAGCUAUUUGGAGAGCAAGGGUAUCUCUUGAUAGGUAGUAAGGUGAACAAGGAAAAAAUUUGUUUCUCUGCCGGUCACUUCUCCUAAAGAUGUUCAAACACAUGGCUUACGACUGUUAAGCUAAACUUCAAUGCGGCCUUAAAACAACAAGGGUAGUGUAUUUGAAACUAUGUUGUACAGCUUGGAAACUUAUUCUAAGAUCUUAAUUCAGAGUUUUUCUGAGGUGUUGAACUUUGCCAUUAGCAAAAAGUAUUUUUAGAAAAAAAUCCAUUGACUGUUUAUGAAGCACUGAUUUUGCCAUAUUUCAGGUCUCUGGUUUUUCCACCGCAUAUGUGCACAGUAGUUAUAUUUGGUUUUCAAUUAUUUCUUCUAUUUCCAUUAAUAAUGAAUCUGUAAAAUGGUCAUUCGAAAGGGCAGUUGGUUUUGUUUAAUGAUUGGGUAAAUGGACUGUGAAAAUAUUCUAAUUUGAUAGUGGAAGUAGGAGGUUUAUUAUUGUUGUGUUGUUUAAAAUAUUAUGCUAGGGUCUUUCCCUUCCAGAUGUACAUGUCUUUAAUUUCAGCAAAAGCCAAUAUUUAACUUAAUGACAAAUGUUAUGAAGCUAUUAGUUAAUGCUCUUUGCUCUUCUUCCUUCAGUUGAUGGCAUGAAAGUCUAAAUAUACUUUCACAGUAACCACCCUCCAGUGACUGAUUUACAAAGGGCACAUCUGGCAAAUUGUAAGUCACUCUGAGUUUCUGUGUUGCCUUUUGCCUUGUGACAAACCAGAAUUUGCGAAUAUCCCAGGUAUGUGAUCACAAGUGUCAGUUUGAAGUUCGUAAUGGAAAAAGAAUGGGGGGGGGGCAGUAUGUCACGGAUGUUUCAUAGAAAAAAAUAAUUUAAGUGACAUUCUAUUAGGCAAUGCUUAAUUGCUUCCUGCCUAAUGUAUACCUAGUAAUCUGGCUGAUUAUUGGUUGUUAUUUGUUCAGAAUUUAUUGUAUCUUGUUGCCGCAUAUGCGACUGAGUAUAUGUUAAAAUUUAGACUUCAGUAUGUUAUCUGCACAAUUUUGUGUGCUUUACACCUCUGUAAAUAUACAAAUAAAGAAAUCACAUAUGAUGUGUUAAAUGUGACCUCCAAUCUUGAAACAAUUAUAUUUGGUAGUAUGAAUAUUUGGAAAUUAUUUGAACAUUUUAAAUGGAUAUUGUAAAUGGCCAGUACCUUCAAUCAAAAACAGCCCUGGUAGAAUGAGUGCCUCUUCAACUUGCCCAUUAAGAAGAGGAGGUCAGGGGUUAACAAGAAUUAAGAUAAUUUUUCUAAUGGCAAGUAUUUUUGAUAAUUUCCUACCUGCCUAAUUGCAUUUUCAAGAAAAAUUGUUGACCGAAAAAAAUCUUAGCUAUCCAAUGGAAUGAUUGUUUCAAAAGCAUUAAAUAUACUUUAUAUCUCACCUGAUAAUGUUGAAAUCUAAGUCAAGAGUGAAGAAGUAAAAAAUAUUUUUGAUGCUUCAUAAGAUUUUUUUGUUGUUUAAAAGAUAGUUUACAAGUCUUUUGUCUUUGGUGUGGAGAAAUGUCAAUUAAAUAAUAAACUAAAAGAAUUCUCAGCACAUGGCUUACCUAAUGCUUUUUCCAUGUCUCAAUGAACACAAAAAUUGUUCAGCCUGAACUUUUAAAAUCUUUGCACUUAAACUUUGAAAGAGUUAUUAUCUGGGGCAUUGUUUUGACAAUUAUUAGCAAAGUCUGACUCAUUUAUCUUGACUAAUUAAUAGCAUUUAGGCUAUUCCUCUUUCCUAAUUGGUUAUUGCCAAGUAUUGAAGAUACAGCAACAUAUUACAAUGGCAAAUACUCUCACCGGCUUGUACCCAGGAGCUUGGCCAUCAUAACCUCACUUCUUCCUCCAAUGCAUGCAUGUUUGAACAUCUGGAGUGCAUUCUGCAUGCCUUGUCCUAUCUCCAUUUCUUUAUCCCUUCUUCACAUCCACAGAGCUCCUUCUCCCCCUUCUACAGUGUUUGAGGACACUACAAAGAGAUUAUUUCAAUCCCAGGAACCUGAACAAAAAAGUUCUCCUAAAUUCCCAAGGACAGGAAAUAUGCUGCUUUGGACCAUGUAUUUGUCUUAUGCUGUCUUACAGAAUUCUUUUAAAUGCACAUGCGCACUAUGUACACACACACACACACAAACACACACACACAUUCAGCUCCUCAUUGGCAUGUUUGUGGUCGGCUUCCUGACAGCCUCAGAGGGCUGUUUUGUUGUCCUGGCCAAAUGUGCUGUUUUCCCUAUGUAAAUUGUCAUCUUUCUAA